GUAUACUGCCUCGCAACCGGCACAUGUGUGGAUGACGGCGCCUGCGGAAGACCUGUGGGAGCCGCCGAAGGCACGCCGGACCUCGUGUGUCCGCCGAACAAGGUGUUCUGCCUCUCCAGUGGGACCUGCAAGGAAGCUGGGGCCUGUGGAGGACGACCCCCAGAGUCAAUGGCUACUAUGUGCCCCCGGGGGUACGUGUACUGCCUGGAAAGGGGCGAGUGUGUCAGCGCGAACAGAGGGUGUAAUUGGGAAUCUAGGAACUGCCCAGCAGGUGAAGUUUUCUCGCUGAAGACGGGUUCGUGCGUGGGAGACGACGGCAGUAAUAUGGACGACUAUGACUGGCUGCCCGACGCGAAGUGCCCCGAGUCCUCAAAGGGCAGCCGCGCGCCCUUCACCCACUCGACUUGCUUCUCUCCCCUUCACUGCCCCUUCAAUCACUCGUGCUGCCCGGACCCCGAGAAGUUGCACCUGCAAUGCGUGACUCCCGACGGCGUCUCGAACCCGAAGACUAUCAACAUCUCCUGUCUGCAACUGGAGAGCAAGAGACACAAUACCGGAAUCAACUGCACGGUGCCCGAGGACUGCCCUGUCGCCUCGGUGUGCUGCGGAGGAAUGUGCAAGUCAUCGAGGGGCGUGGAGACCUGCCCGCCGGGGACGCUGUACUGCAACCUGACGAAGAAAUGCACGAGGCUAGGGGAGCGGUGUGCGCGCGUGUGUGCCGCGGGCCAAUUCUACUGCAUCGCGACGGAUGAGUGUGGACCAGAAUCGGCAUGCGAGUUCGGUAUGUCCAGUUUAUGGUCCCGGUUGUCAAGAGGCUCUUUGUCAUAUGUAUUAUUUUGUGUUCCUGUCUUUUUGAUUGCUUCCUCAUGUCAUUUUUUUUUCAUUUGAUUGUGUUUUUUUUGUCAUAUUUAUUAUUUCGUUUUCUUGUAUUGUUAAUUGCUUUCUCAUGUCAUAUAUAUUUUUCAUUUGAUUAUGUUUUUUUUUAU